AUUAGCGCCCCUGCUUCCACUCUCCGCCAUCUCCGAAGCCGAAGGUAGGGUUCAGACUUGAUAGCUCUCUCUCUCUCUACGUACAGGCCCGGUCGGCUAUCUGUUUGCUAGAAGGUUUCAAAAUGUACACUGCACUGCAGAAGAUUCACAAGGAUAAGGAUGUUGAACCAUCUGAGUUUGAGGAGACUGUUGCCCAGGCAUUUUUUGACUUGGAAAAUACCAACCAAGAGCUUAAGAGUGAUCUAAAGGACCUCUAUAUUAACUCUGCUGUUCAGAUUGACAUUUCUGGGAACCGCAAAGCUGUUGUGAUCCAUGUCCCUUACAGAUUAAGGAAAGCUUUCCGUAAGAUUCACCUUAGGCUUGUCAGAGAGCUUGAGAAAAAGUUCAGUGGGAAGGAUGUUGUUCUUGUUGCUACGAGAAGGAUAGCACGUCCACCAAAAAGGGGCUCUGCUGUACAGAGACCUCGCUCUCGGACACUUACAGCUGUGCAUGAGGCAAUUCUUGAGGAUCUAGUGUACCCUGCUGAGAUUGUAGGAAAGCGCAUCAGAUACCGUAUUGAUGGUUCAAAAAUAAUGAAGGUUUUCUUGGAUCCAAAGUUCAGGAAUGACACUGAAUACAAAUUAGAGACAUAUGCUGGUGUCUACAGGAAGCUUUCAGGGAAAGAUGUUGUCUUUGAAUAUCCAAUAACUGAAGCUUAAGAGGGCCUUUCUUUUCCUGUUUGAUACGUGUCUUAAGUUGAAGCAUGUCUGCUUUUAUUGUCUAGGCUUUCUGAAAUUUUUUUGAUUGGCAAACAUUUCCUUCAGAAGUGAGAAUAUUUAUGAAAGAUUGUUUGUGAUUAGUCUUUGGAAAAAGUUUGGUUGAACUUUCAUACUGGAAACAAAUGGUUUUAUUUACACCUGAAAAUUGGCUUCCA